AUGGUGAUGUUAUUUGCGAUGAUUUUGUGCAUAAACAGGAACAUGGCUGUCUCUUUGUUUUCAGGUAAAUAUGCUUCCUAUGAACGUAAUGUGUGCAAAGAGUACCAGAACAAUAGAAAACACAGAAAGCAGUGUAAUUAA